AUGUUGGCUACACCCGUUGACGCUCUGUGUCUGUCCAACAAGAUGCAAGUCCUGAUGAGUGUCCUAGAAUUCGCUGAAGCUGCCCAGGACAAGGUCCUAGUCUUCUCUCAUAGGAUUUCAACCCUUGACUUCAUUGGCGACCGGCUUGCCGAGGCAAACAAGCCGUACGCUCGUAUUGACGGGAAGAUGCUGCCAGAGAAGCGGCAGCCAAUCACCAAAGAGUUCAAUGAGGGCAAGAUGAACAUCUGUUUGAUAUCCACAAGAGCUGGGGGAACAGGGCUGAAUCUGUUUGGUGCCAAUCGAGUGGUAAUAAUAGACGACCAUUUCAACCCAAUGUGGGAACGGCAAGCCAUCGGCAGAGCGUACCGCAUCGGACAACGGAAACCGGUCUACGUCUAUCGUCUCACCGUAGGCGGCACCUUUGAGCAAGCAAUCCAAAAUCAAGCUUUGUUCAAGGAGCAGCUUGCUAAUCGAGUGGUCGAUAAAAAGAAUCCAAAUCGCCACGCUGUCAAAGGUGCCGGUCAGUAUUUAUUCCUACCGAAGACUGUCAAACAGGAGGACUUGAGUCAAUUCCUGAAUGAAGACGCUCUUCUAGACCAUCUCCUAGCUGACCAGACAACCAACCGCAUUCUCUCAAUUACGCCGUCCGAGACAUUUCAUAUCGAGGAUGGUAUAGAACUGACACCAGAGGAGAGUAAGGAGGCUGAACAGAUGAAGAAGGACUUCGAGCUGUCCCGUCGGGACCCAAUAGCUCAUAAUGCAUUGAUGACUCGGCGUAGGGAGGAAGAGGCUCGUAAGCUCCGACAGCACGUUGCCUCAUUCCCUCAACAGUCAGGAGCCUCUAAACACCAUGCCCACAGUACCCAACCGUCGCGUUGGGACCACCCCUUGAUAGCCACGGGAGACAUGUUGCUUCCCCCGUCGACGGCUCCAGCUGGCGGGCCUUUGCUCUAUGAGCCUACAAUCGCAAACCCCAGCGCAGCCGUCUCGCCAAACCUAGAUCAGCCCCAAACUGGGUCAUUACCUGAUUCUAAUUCCACGGCAGGAAAAGGCGCUUCCGUUCGAGCCCCAAAGCAAACGCACCCACGUUUCGGUGCUCGCCGGCGUCUCAGCGGAACUCCUGAUUUUACUUCUCAUGACCUGCAGAAACACAUCGAAGACUCUAUUACAGUUCCGGAUACCUCUGGGUCAACUCCUAGGAACAGCGCCAAUGGUAACACGACAGAGGUGAAUGGAAAAAUGAAUGAAUCGAAGGAGAACAGAGGCGGUCGAAAGCGCAGCGAUCCAGCGGAUGAGCAGCACAAAAGGAAGAAACUAAAGCGUGCACUGGCUCCCACGCCCGGUCCUGCGCAUUGGGAAGCGAUGAACAAGAACUUUGAGGAUUUCCUGAGUCGUGAAGCUGAUAGACCUUCUAAUGGUAGGUCUUGA